AGAGCGCGCGCGCGGAUAGCACACUGAAAGCACCCUGCCGCACCUAUAGGAGCGUUUGCUCGCGGUCCCAGAAGAUGGUCUGAACUCACGCGCUUUCCACCCCUUCAAGAGCUCCCCGCUGAGUGCCGCAAUGUUGACUAGGCUGUUCAGUGACCCGUCGCUGCUUCCCGACAUGCAUAAGUAUUCGGCCUGGGCAGAGGACAGCGAGAGCGAGGACUCGAAGACCAAGGAUGAUGAAGAUCACUGCCGCGUGGGCGAUGACGACAUGGAUGUCCCGGACCUGAGAAGCAGCCGGGCACAUUCUGAGAUCGGCGGUGAAGACGAGGACGACGACGAGGCGGAUGAGGACGAAGGAGAGGACGGUGCAGAGGGGGACGGGCCCAAAAAACGGGGCCCUAAGAAGCGUAAAAUGACACCUGCCCGUAUCGAGCGCUCCAAGUUGCGUCGUCAGAAGGCAAACUCACGGGAGAGGACGCGCAUGCACGAUCUGAACUCUGCGCUCGACAAUCUGCGCAAAGUCGUGCCCUGUUACUCCAAAACGCAAAAGCUCUCCAAAAUCGAGACUCUCCGUUUGGCCAAGAACUAUAUCUGGGCCCUCUCUGAGAUCCUGCGCUCCGGGAAGAAGCCUGAUAUUGUGUCCUACGUGCAGACGCUGUGUAAAGGAUUGUCCCAACCCACGACCAACCUGGUUGCGGGUUGUCUGCAGCUCAACUCCCGAAACUUCCUAACGGAGCAGUGUCCGGAUGGGGGACGCUAUCCCAGCUCCAACUCCUUCUCCAUGCAUCCUUACCCCUACCAGUGCUCCCGUCUCUCCAGCCCUCAGUAUCAGUCUGGUUCCAGCUCGCAUCCCUUACGGACACAAGGGUACUGCUCAGCCUACGAUUCGCUGUACGGUGGCAGUGGAUCUCCAGAAUACAACAGCCCAGAGUAUGAGGGGCCCAUCUCCCCUCCCGUGUGCAUCAAUGGCAACUUUUCUCUGAAGCACCAGGGCACUACGUCCCCCGAGGUAGCCGAGAAAGGCUAUCAUUACUCUAUGCAUUACUCCGGCCUGGCCGGCUCUCGCCCCACUGCUGGCCACAUAUACGGUUCUUCAGGUGUGCGGAGCAGCAUCCACUCUGAAAACGUAUCGCCUUACCACGACAUGCACCUGCACCACGAAAGGGCCCCCGUCCCCGUAUACGAUGAACUCAAUGCGUUUUUCCACAACUGAAACGGCAGUAAUAUUGCCAUGCGUGGGAGUCUUCUUGCAAUCAACAAUCAAUUAGUUGCCCACCUUUGGCAAGGAGCGUGCACGGUCACCCCCCAGCCCCUACCCUAAUACUUAGUCUCAAAGGACUAUGACACCAGACACUGAUCAUUGCGGAAACAGCGUUUUAUUUAUUGUUUUUCUAUGUCCUUUUAUAUAAUUGUAUUUAUUUUGUUUCUAUUCUGUGACGAUGGGAUGCUGUGAACAUGUUGCAUUUGAAAUGGAAUGUGUACAGAUUUGACGGUGAUUGACGUAUGGGUUAUUAUUGAAAUGGCUAGAUGAACAGAGUACAAAUGCAACAGCAUAGUCACGUUUAUAACAUUGUAACAACCGAUGAUGCUGUAACUAAUUUGGAAAUCAUAGCUUAAUAUGAAAAUAGAGGAUUCAAUUAAGAAGCAAGCAGUGCACUUAAAAGCAAGCAUGUCGCAGAGAUAGGAAGAUAUAUAUUUUUUAAAUGUCGGCAAUUGGCAACAGCUAUGUCAGAACAUUAAACACAUUUCACAUCUAUGCAAGAAAUAGCCUACGCCAAACGAGUAUACAAGGACCAACUAUAGGCUGAAUCUAAAAUAGUGUACAUUAAAUCAUUCAUUUAAAAUCUUCUCAACAAUAUACUUUCAUUGCUUCUCAGCCCCUAUUCUGACUUACCAUAACACACACGGUGGGGAAUUGCUUGACGUCUAUUUUUGCUAUUGAGGGACAUGGAUUCAAGUCACCAUAAUGACACAGAGAAUACAAUUGUCGAUCCCUAGAAUACCACCAAUGGAUAAUGAAAAGCAAAGGAAAAGCAAACACUACUUGGCAGAGUAGGCCUAUAAGGCUAAAGCCAACAUUUUAAAUGAACGAUUCUAAAGAAGCAGAUAUGGGCUCAUGCUACCGGUUCCGGCUGGUCAAGUCCUUCUAAUGUAAACGAUUCGAUGGUGUUUGCGUUCAUUAGAUGAGGCUACCUUUAAUGGAUUUGCAAGUUUGCACUAGAUUUUAGAUUGCAUUAAAAUGCAAUCGAAAAUGGUUUAAUGUAAGCUAAUAGCCUUUGCCUUUAUACAUCUACUGGCCUUUAUACAUCUACAAUCCUGUCAGUGACUGGACGGAAAAUGGUGACAGGCCGAUAUUAAAAUAUGCUAAACACAAUAUUUCAUGUCAUGCCACAGGAACACAUAUGGCAAGUCAAGUAACUUUCUAAAUCAAUCGAGCACAUUGACUUGUUGAAUAGGACUAUUUCUAAAAGUGUAAGGGCCAGGAUUUAGCACUCAAUUUCGAAAUAGUUACAUGAGAAGGUCGAUAUAUUGCACUGAAAUAACAUGAUUAUUACUAUUAUUGUUAUUAUUAUUUACAAACAGUUUUAUUUAAUGCAUAAUUUUGCCUAUAAUAACUAAUCAAUGCAAAUAUUUCCACUAAGGGUCCCCAGAGUCGUCAACAUGUGUUGCAUUUUUCCAUUGAAAGUGAAAGUUGAAACUUUGUAUUUAAACAAUGUGUGUAAAAUAACAUGCUAAUACACGAACUUGCGCUACAACAUUUCAUUUUAAACAUUUCAUUUUAAACAUUUCAUUUUAAACAUUUCAUUUUAAACAUUUCAUUUUAAACCUAUAUCCAAGUUCUGUAAACGUGAUAUUUUCUCGUUGAAUGUGAUCCGUUACAUAGUGUAAAACAAGUAUAUUCUGGCUAGCAGGUUCAAUUAUCAGCAUAAUAAUCAACUAUGUAAGGACUGUAUUAUAUUCUUCCUGUGAUUAUUCUUAUCAUUGGAAAGGCUCUAUGAAAAGAUGACGCAGUGUGGCCUGGAAAAGAAUGGGGUUUACUAUUUAACAUCCCCAUAUCGCUCAUGCUUUCGGUAAGUGCGUUGACCGAUUACAAGAACUAGCAUCACUUGACAUGUGACUCUAACAGGUUCGGCCGGCUAUAUCCAAUAGUUUAAUAUGGCAGACAUAUCAAUAGGUUGCUGUAAAUCCCAUUAUUCAAUAAAGCCCACAAAAAGAGUUGCAGAAUGAGUUCGAAACCAUUUUCGAAAUACUUCCACUGUGGGAGAUGCUAGCAUUCCUAAUGAUUAGGCAUGGAGGAAAGAACGGGCAUUAUAGGAUCUAAUCAACAGGCCAACACCAUCUUUCCAGAAUACAACGAACAUAUUACAAAGACAAAUGUGUCAACAAAGAAGCCCUGCGAUGGACUCUAAUGAGUUGAACAGCAGGAUCUGGACAGAUUGGGAAACGGCCUCCGGAUCUGCAGGCGAGACAAAAUCCCUAACAGUUACCAAAGGGCCUGUCUGAAGCUUUCGGGGAUUUCUAGGAUGGUCAAAUGAUAUGGGAGCCGUUAUAAGCCUAACAAAUUCCUUUAAUGGAGGGACUGCUAUGACAACUAACUUCUAGAUCAGGGUUGUGCAACUUUGAUGUGGGUGGGGUCACAAAACAUAGGAACUCAUCAUGAGGGGCCGCAGUGGCUCGCGGGUCUGCAUACCCAGAUGCAGUCAGAGCCGGUUCAAGUCUUUUGGGGGGCCCUCCCACCUUGCGAGCAAUACAUUUUAGCCCCCGACUUUACAGCGAAGAGAACAACUUUACGUUUUACAGUUCAUUUCCUGAAAUUUUACACAUUUUGCCAGGGGGGUAGAGAAAAUGUUGCCAUUUUAAAGCAAGUUUGCGGCAAUUCUACAUAUUUUCCAAGACAAAUCUUUGCAGUUAUGCAGUCUGACGAUCAAUGGUGCCCAUCCCGGCUCUAGAUCAUGCGUUUGUGUGUUUUUCGGGCUUCUUUUGCGUUUGUGCAUACAAGCAUCAGCCUGCUCUCUUUGAGCGCGUGCCAGAAUAUUCUUGGCAUCAAAGGUAAACUUGACUCAAACGGACACAAGAGUCACAAUGCACGGGAUAGAGGCAAAUGUGGCCCAAAAAAGCACGAAACAUACGAGAUUCCAAACUAGUAAAGGAUAUCAUUUGUAAUCAAAACACGGCAUUGGAAAGAGGCUGAAAUACUUCGGGCAGCCGAGGACCUUAAUACAGCCCAUGUACGCCAUAUUGGAAUGUUUUGGGAACACGCAAAAGAAAGUCAUGUAUUUGCGCCACAGCGCAUUUCUUCAACCCCACCUUUAUUUCUCCACAGAUAGCCUACCCGGAUGGACUAAGCAGGACAUCAUAUCAUCCAUAACUUUCACACACACACCGAAAGAGAGAGAGAUAGAGAGGGACUUUUGUGAGUGCAAUGUUUACUGUUCAUUUUAUACUGUUUAUUUCACUUUUGUUUAUUAUCUAUUUCACUUGCUUUGACAA